AUGUUUAGAAAGUUCUUGGUAGAAGCCGACCACCUCGAGGAACCCGGGCCACUGGAAAUGACCAAUGCCGAAGGAGAAGUAGCCAAACUCUGCCGCGAUGGGGACCAGGGACGGUUAGUCGCCCUGUCCACCCGAGACACCCUCGCCGGAGGCAUUGCCACCGCGGUAGUUUUGGCACAUCUCCCUGUUGAAGUCUCUCUCACGGCCAGGUGCGCGAGAAACAAGACCGAGGGAAGUAGCACAAAACCUAGUGUCGUGUCUGACGCGUGUGACUCCGCAGCUCUCUGGGCCAAUGUCUUCCUCUCCGGGUUCGACGGCACGAUCACCGCGUCGACGUAUGCCGCUAUUAGCUCCGACUUCAAUGCUGCCAACAACGCAGCUUGGUUGACGACGUCGUACUUGGUCACAAGCACAGCCUUCCAGCCCCUCUACGGCCGGUUUUCCGAUAUGUUUGGGCGGAGGAUAUGCUUCUUCGUCUCGACACUCGCUUUUAUGAUCGGAUGCUUCGGUUGUUCGAUUUCUCAGAGCAUGCUCGGGCUCGACAUAAUGCGGGCCGUGACGGGUUUCGGGGGCGGCGGACUAAUCACAAUGGCAACGGUGAUCAACUCGGACAUGAUCCCAUUGAAGCAGAGGGGUAUGUAUCAGGCCAUGCAAAACAUUCUCGUCGGCUUCGGUGCGGUUCUCGGUGCAUCCCUUGGGGGUGUGAUGGCCGAAAGUAUUGGGUGGCGGUGGUGUUUUCUGUUGCAGGUUCCAGUAUCCAUCAUAGCCCUUGUAGUGGGCUAUCUCGUGUUGCAGAAUCCUCCUUGUGUCAUCCCGGUGACGGAUCCCAAACACCCAUUUUUGUUUGUAAUGCGGCGCUUGGAUCUGCUUGGGGCUUUCGUCCUCGUCAUCGGGCUCGUGGCACAGCUCUUGGGCUUGAGCCUCGGUGGUAACGAUUUUCCCUGGAGUAGUCCGUUUGUGAUCAGCUCGCUGGGCGGGAGUGUCGUCCUCUUGGCCCUGUUCGUGAGAAUCGAGGCGACGACCAAAGCGAUACCCAUGAUCCCGCUGCGGAUGUUGCGGGGCUGGCAGCCCACCGCGGUUCAGCUGACCAACGUGUUCUCCGGUAUGGCUGCAUAUGCCUACAUGUUCAUGGUUCCCUUGUACUUCCAAGCGGUUCAGGGUGACUCGCCUUCCGAGGCUGGCUUGCGUUUAAUUGUCCCCGCUCUCGCAACGCCAGUUGGUGGCGUCAUCGCAGGCUCACUGAUGCACCGCGGUUAUCCUCUGGCUCUGAACGUUCGUCUCGGUACGGCGACAAUGCUACUCGGGAACCUUCUGGCAAUGACGCUCGGGAUGACGGGGAAUCGGUGGAAGGAGUUUUUGUUUCUGGUGCCUGCAAAUCUGGGGCUCGGCCUGACGAAUCCCAGCGUGUUGUUCAGCUUUGUUUCCAUCUUCGAGCACCGAGAGCAAGCCGUCGCUACUUCCACAGUUUAUUUGAUCCGGUCCAUGGGCACCAUCUACGGCGUCACCGUGACGGCGGCAAUCGUCCAGAAUGUCUUACUGGCGAGGUUGCCUGAGGCCCUCGGGGAUGCGGCGACAGAAGAGCUCAUCGAGAAGCUACGCCAGUCGCUCUUUGCGGUCAGCGAGCUCUCCCCUGCUUUGGAGGGGGCAGUUCGUGCGUUGUACUGUGAUGCAUUGCGAAUGGCAUUCUCGGCGUCGAGUGCUUUCGCCUUUCUCGCUUUCGUGUUCUCAUUGGCGCAUCGGACAGGGUCGCUGCAGAGAGGGAGCCAGGCAGAGGCAAGCGUCGAUGACGAAACCGAUGGGAAAGAUACUUGA